AUGGCGUCCACCGGCCUGCAGCUGCUGGGCCUGGUCCUGUCCCUGCUGGGCUGGGCGGGCGGAGCCAUGGUGUGCGCCGCCCCCUUGUGGCGAGUGACCGCCUUCAUCGGGAACAGCCUGGUGCGCGCUCAGGUGGUGUGGGAGGGGCUGUGGAUGAGCUGCAUCAUCCAGAGCACGGGCGAGAUCCAGUGCAAGACGUACGACAGCGUGCUGGCGCUGCCGGGCGACAUGCAGGCCGCGCGCGGGCUCUGCAUGCUGGCGCUGAUGCUGUGCGCCCUGGCCCUGGCGCUGGGGGUGCUGGGGGCCAAGUGCACCCGCUGCCUGGGCCGGCCGUCGCUCAAGGCCCGCGUGGCGCAGGUGGCGGGGGCCCUCUUCCUCCUGGCGGGCUUCCUCUACCUGAUCCCCAUCUGCUGGACGGCCCACGCCAUCAUCCGCGACUUCUACGACCCCGCCGUGGCCGACCCGCACAAGCGGGAGCUGGGCCCCGCCCUCUUCCUGGGCUGGGGGAUGUCGGCGCUCCUGCUGAUCGGCGGGGCGCUGCUCGCCUUGGGCUCCGCCUCCCCGGGGCCCGGCUCCUCCCUCAGUUUCAGCGGCGGCAGGGCAAAGAACAACCCCAGCAAGCCGGCCGAGGGCGAGGAACCUGCCAAGGCGUACGUCUGAACCCCCUCACCACCUGGUGACCCACCUUUCAUU